UUAGAGAACCUCUUUUUUUAUUUUGCAGUUGAAAUGAUGAUGAGAAACUAUAAUAUUGCUACAUUACAUGCAUUGUUAGUGUUGUUCUCCAUUGUUGGGUUCAACUCAGCAACAAAGAAUGGAGACACACAGUGCAAAGAAAGGGAGAGACAUUCACUCGUCACUUUGAAACAAGGCCUUCAAGAUGACUAUGGUAUGUUGUCCACAUGGAAGGAGGAUCCAAAUGCAGAUUGCUGCAAAUGGAAGGGAGUUCAAUGCAACAAUCAAACCGGUUAUGUUGAAAAGCUUGAUCUGCAUGGUUCGGAAACACGUUGUUUGAGUGGUGAAAUCAAUCCUUCAAUAACUGAGUUGCAACAUCUAAAAUAUCUUGACCUCAGAUAUUUGAAUACCAGUGGUCAAAUCCCAAAAUUUAUUGGAUCCAUCAGCAAAUUACAAUACCUUGAUCUCUCAUUUGGUGGUUAUGAUGGGAAGAUUCCUAUUCAACUUGGGAAUCUAUCACAAUUGCGACAUCUUGAUCUUAGCAGGAAUGAUCUGAAUGGAGAAAUCCCUUUCCAACUCGGAAAUCUUUCAUUGUUGCGGUCUCUUGUGCUCAGUUACAAUUCUGAUCUUAGAAUCAACAGCCAAAGUCAAGGAAAUGUUGAGUGGCUAUCAAAGCUCUCAUCUUUGAGAAAAAUUGACUUGAGUACAAUUCAAAAUCUCAACGAUUCUUCUCAUCACACCUUGCAAUUCAUAAUGAAGCUUCCAAGCCUUAAAGAGUUGUAUCUAAGAAGUUGCGGCCUUUCUGACGCCAAUAUUCUCCCUUUAUUUGAUUCUCAUUUGAACUUUUCCACCAGUUCUCUUACUGUCCUUGCUCUAUCUUCCAAUCAGUUGAUGUCAUCAUCAAUAAUAUUCAAUUGGGUGCUUAACUACAGCUCUAAUCUUCAACACCUUUACCUUUCUCGUAACUUGUUGAGAGGUCCUAUUCCUGAUGAUUUUGGAAACAUAAUGCAUUCACUUGUAAGUCUCCAUAUCUCAAGCAAUAGUCUAGAAGGUGAGAUCCCAGUAUCAAUUGGAAAUAUUUGCACCUUGCGGACAUUCCAAGCUUAUGAGAACCGCUUGAGUGGUGAUUUAGAUUUGAUCACCUCUAGUAACCAUUCCCAGUGUAUUGGUAAUGUAUCAUUGUUACAGGAACUAUGGUUAUCGAAUAAUGAGAUUUCAGGCAUGUUACCGGACUUUUCAAACCUCUCAUCUUUGAGACUGUUGAGUCUUGUGGACAAUAAAUUAAUUGGAGAAAUACCCACGAGCAUCGGAUCACUUACAGAGUUAAAGAGUUUGUACCUGAGCCGAAACUCUUUUGAAGGUGUCGUCUCUGAAUCCCAUUUCACUAACCUCUCCAAAUUGAAAAGGCUAUGGUUGUCCGACAACUCAUUGACUAUGGAGGUUAGUAAUGAUUGGGUUCCUCCUUUUCAAUUACUAGAAUUGGGUUUAUCAAAUUGUAAUAUGAAUUCUAUAUUUCCUAAUUGGCUCCAAACACAAAAUGAAUUAUCCACUCUUUCCCUUUCAAAUGUCAGUAAUAUAUCUCCAAUACCUAUUUGGUUUUGGGGAAAAUUGCAAACAAUAACUAGCUUGGACAUUUCAAACAACAAUCUUACUGGCAUGAUUCCUAAUUUAGAACUCAAUCUUGGUACCAACAAUCCUUUUAUAGAUUUGAUUUCAAAUCAGUUUAAAGGUUCCAUUCCUUCUUUCUUGUCGCAGGCAAGAGCACUAUAUCUUUCCAAUAAUAAAUUUUCAGAUUUAGUUUCCUUUCUAUGCAAUAGAAAUAAGCCUAACAUUUUGGAAGUUUUGGAAAUAGCAAACAAUGAAUUAAAGGGCGAGUUGCCUGAUUGUUGGAAUAAUCUAACCUCAUUAAAAUUUGUUGACCUCAGCAAUAACAAAUUAUGGGGAAAAAUUCCCAUCUCAAUGGGUGCCCUUGUUAACAUGGAGGCUUUGGUUUUAAGAAAUAAUAGUUUGAGUGGCCAACUUCCUUCCUCUUUGAAGAAUUUCUCAAACAAGUUGGCUAUGUUGGAUCUUGGAGAAAAUAUGUUUCAAGGUCCAUUACCUUCAUGGAUUGGAGACAACUUACGACAAUUAGUAAUCUUAAGCCUUCGAUUCAAUAACUUCAAUGGAAGUCUACCUUCAAAUCUAUGUUAUUUGACAAAACUUCAUGUCUUAGAUAUGUCACUAAAUAAUUUAUCAGGAGGAAUCCCCACUUGUGUAAACAAUUUAACUUCAAUGGCUCAGGACACCAUGAGCUCAACAGAUCAUAUGUAUACACUCAUAAUCAAUCAUGUGUAUUAUUCAAGACCAUAUGGUUUUGACAUAUCCUUGAUUUGGAAAGGUGUAGACCAAUGGUACAAAAAUGCAGAUAAGUUUUUAAAAACCAUUGAUCUCUCAAGCAACCAUCUUACAGGGGAAAUACCAACUGAAAUGGAGUACUUAUUUGGUUUGAUUUCAUUAAAUUUGUCAAGGAACAAUCUCAGUGGGGAAAUCAUUUUAAACAUAGGAAACUUCAAAUCACUUGAAUUUCUAGAUCUGUCAAGAAAUCAUUUGUCAGGCGAAAUUCCUUCCAGUCUAGCUCGCAUUGAUCGUCUCACUAUGUUGGAUUUGUCAAACAAUCAGCUCUAUGGGAAAGUUCCAGUUGGAACGCAGCUGCAGACAUUUAACGCUUCAAGUUUUGAAGGGAAUUCAAAUCUCUGUGGAGAACCCCUUGAUAGAAAAUGCCCAGGAGAAGAACCAGCAAAACCACAAGUGCCAACAACUGAUGCAGGAGAUGAAAAUUCAAUAUUUUUUGAAGCAUUAUAUAUGAGCAUGGGGAUAGGAUUCUUCACUGGUUUCGUUGGUUUGGUAGGCUCAAUAUUGUUACUACCAUCUUGGAGAGAAACCUACUCCAAAUUCUUGAAUACUUUACUAUUGAGAAUUUUCAUGUGGUGGAAGUAGUGAUCAAUGUAUCUGGCUAGUUUCUCUAAAGCUGAUGAAUGAUUUAUAAUAGGCAGGGUCUUCAAUUCAUUUGUUAUGAGAUGAAUGCAUAAUUCUGCUGUUAUAUAUGAGUGCGCAUAGAAUGGAAGCUGUACUAAAUAAGAUCAAAGUAGUUCAAACUUUCUUGUAUACUGUAUUUUGUUAUGCUUUGAAGCUUUGCAAUUUUGUAAGGAAAUGUGGAACUUAUACUGCAAGUUAUGUGAUACAUCAAACAUUACAGAAUGAUUUUACCUUUAAUAAGAG